UUCUAAGAAUUCGUCACAGUAUGACCCGAAGCCCACUAUAAGCCCACCACGGGCCAAACCCUAGCCUCCCUCCUUCCGUCCUUCUCUCCAUACUCUUGAGCCGCCGCCCCUCACCCUUCUUCCCGCCGACCCUCCCUCCCUUUCCACAGACGUCAUCCCUCUCUCUGCACCUCCCCUUCAUGACCCCUCUCUCAUCGGCGUCAAGCAGCAGGGCAAGGGCAAUGCAGCGGCGGUGGCGGCGGUGGUCCUACACCUCCUCAGCUCCCAGAUCCCGGCAGCAUGGGGUUCGGCACGCAUGAGGGUUGUAGCUCCCGACGGCGCGCGUGGGCCCUCACCCCAGCACCAGCUCUGGCCUAAUCUCUCCUCUCCACCAACAACCUCUCAGAUCUCGGCAGAGACGAGAGAGGUAGUGCAGACAACAGCUCCAGCAAAGUGUGGAGAACCAGCAGCAGCUGCGGCGAGCUCACAGGGGCAGCAGCCUGACUCCUGUUGACGAAGAACACACCAAGGAUGAGCACGGAGAGACAAGUACAAAGACUAGGAAUCUGGUGCAAUGGAUUUUUGAAGGAGUGCCACUAUACAGCAAAAAGAAAUCAAGCUUAUGCAUUGGCGGUCUAGAAAUGCUAUUGUGUAAUAGAUGUAAAGGUUGACAAUGACCUGUUUUUGUGUUUCCUUAGGUUUUAUGAUGAUCAAAACAUGUUAUGUUAAUGUACUGCAAAUUGAGUUAAUCAAAUGAUUGGGCUUUAUGUGAUUUUCAUUAUAUAAUUUGUGAUGGCCAAUUUUGUGAACAUAUGGCGCUUACAUAGCAACUCAAAUCAGUGACGGAGAAACAUCUACAUGGCAUACUGUGCAGUAGAUGGUUAUGACGGUCUAUUUUGUCAUAGGCUAUCGGGCCUACCCUGGGCUGGAUGGCCUUUCAGGGAUUCUAUGACGAAUACAAAUGUCAAUCUGUGACAGAUUAUCUGGGUUAGCAAAUUUAUGACGCGGGAUACAUGACGUUUUCUCCGAUCGUCAUGGUUAGUUAACUAUGACGCAUUUUUGCUUGUCUAUGACGAAAAUAAAUCGUUAUGUAUAAAGGUAUUUCUUGUAGUAUAUUGUCAGGGACUUGAAUUGCAAUGCAAACCAUACCCUGAGUUUUUUUGUAAUAAUUUAGGUAAAGGAAACCAUAGUACCAUACCCUGAGGUGCUGGUAUAUGAAUAUCUCUCAUCUGGUCAUUGCAUGUUCUUUCCAUUUUAUAAAAACGACUCCUUUGCGUAUGUGUUCUCCUCACUCCCCAGCACGCGCUGCCUAGCUGUUCUCCGCCGCCGGCCGUGUGCGACGACUUGAGCAUGCCUCGCAGGUUGCCACUGCAUUAGCAGGCAGCUAGCAGCAAUGGCACACUUCGUCGUCGGCAUCGCGGCGCUGCUCCUGCUGCAGCUGAUGUCCUCGUCGUCCUACCCCAGCAGCACUGUCCUUGCAGACUCCAUGCUCGGCCGGAAAGCUGGCAUCGUCGUCGACGAGGCGGCGGCGCCCGAGAGUUCACCGCCGGGGAUGGGGAGGUACGCCGUGAUCUUCAAUGCUGGCAGCACGGGGACUCGUGUGCACGUCUUCAGGUUCGACAGGAAGCUCGAGCUCCUCGAGAUCGGCGACGAAGGCAUCGAGGUGUUCGCUAAGGUGAAGCCUGGGCUGAGCUCAUACGCUGGACAUCCCCAAGAGGCAGCAAAUUCCAUACUGCCUCUUCUUGACAAGGCCAAAAGUGUUGUCCCUAAACAGCUGAUGAAAAGGACCCCGCUUAGACUCGGAGCAACUGCUGGGUUGAGACUUAUUGGAGAAGAGCAAUCGGACCAGAUUCUUGAAGCGGUCAGGAACCUUGUCCACACUAAGACCAAAUUUCAGACCAAGCCCGAGUGGAUCAAUGUUAUUGAGGGAUCUCAAGAAGGAUCAUACCUAUGGGUUGCUCUGAAUUAUCUGUUGGAUAAAUUGGGAGGGGACUACUCACAGACAGUAGCCGUGGUUGAUAUGGGCGGUGGAUCAGUGCAAAUAGCCUAUGCCAUUUCUGCAAAUACCGCUGCAAAUGCUCCGGUGGCACCUCAUGGGGAAGACCCCUAUGUUAUAAGAGAGUAUCUUAAAGGGAAAGAUUACAACAUCUAUGCUCACAGUUACUUGCACUAUGGUGCUUUUGCAUCACGGGCAGAGAUUUUGAAGGCAAAGAAUGGACCAUUCAGCAGCUGCAUGUUACGUGGAUUCAUCGGUCAAUACACCUACAAUGAGGAGCAAUACGAUGCAACUGCCGCACCAGAAGGAGCAGUCUACUACAAAUGCAGAGAAGAGAUAGGCAAAGCACUGAACCUGAAUGCGCCAUGUGAAACAAAGAACUGCACAUUCAAUGGCAUAUGGAAUGGCGGUGGCGGAGCAGGCCAAGACAACCUCUAUGUUGCAUCCAGCUUCUACUACGUGGCCUCAGAGGUCGGCAUCAUAGAUGGCAAUGCACCAAGCGGAGAAACUACCCCUGGCGCAUUCAGAGCUUCCGCGGAGAGGGUUUGCCAGAUGAGUGUUGAAGAAGCCAAAAUUGAAUAUCCAAACGUCAACGAUGUCGAUGUGCCUUACCUAUGCAUGGACCUUGCCUACCAGUAUACUUUGCUAGUAGAUGGCUUUGGUGUGGAGGCGACCAAGGAGAUCACCGUGGUGGACAAGGUGAAGCAUGGAGAGUACUAUGUCGAAGCUGUGUGGCCUCGCUCUGCUAUUAAGGCUGUGUCAUCCAAAAAAUGGCAUCAAGGUGCAUGAUAUGUUGGUUUGAUCUCAUGCAAGAAUUGUAUGUGCCAU